AUGGGCUCAAAGCGAAGUGUACCCUCAAGGCGCCGUUCUCUCAGCACCUAUGAAGUCAUGUUUGCAGCUCUCUUUGCCAUAUUGGUGGUGCUCUGUGCUGGAUUAAUUGCAGUGGCCUGGCUGUCAAUCAAGGGAUCAGAAAGAGAUGCAGCAUUUGGAAAAAGUCAUGAAGCCAGAGGGACAUUGACAAUAACAUCUGGAGUUACAUAUAAUCCUAAUUUGCAAGACAAACUCUCAGUGGAUUUCAAAGUUCUUGCUUUUGACAUUCAGCAAAUGAUAGAUGAUAUCUUUCAAUCAAGUAAUCUGAAAAAUGAAUAUAAAAACUCAAGAGUUUUACAAUUUGAAAAUGGCAGCAUUAUAGUCAUAUUUGACCUUCUCUUUGCCCAGUGGGUGUCAGAUGAAAAUGUAAAAGAAGAAAUGAUUCAAGGCAUUGAAGCAAAUAAAUCCAGCCAACUGGUCACUUUCCAUAUUGAUGUGAACAGCAUUGAUAUUACAGGUAAGCUAACUACCAGCAAUCCUCUGGUAACUCCAGGAAAUGUCUCAGUAGAGUGCCCACCUGAUUCAAGGCUGUGUGCUGAUGCUCUAAAGUGUAUAGCAAUUGAUUUAUUUUGUGAUGGAGAAUUGAACUGUCCAGAUGGCUCUGAUGAAGACAAUAAAAUUUGUGCCACAGCUUGUGAUGGAAGAUUUUUGUUGACUGAAUCUUCUGGGUCCUUCGAAGCUGCCCAUUAUCCAAAGUCUUCUAAUCCAAGUGUUGUUUGUCGGUGGAUUAUACGUGUAAACCAAGAACUUUCCAUUCAACUGAACUUUGAUUAUUUUAAUACAUAUUAUACAGAUGUAUUAAAUAUUUAUGAAGGUGUGGGUUCAAGCAAGAUUUUAAGAGCUUCUCUCUGGUCAAAGAAUCCUGGCACAAUUAGGAUUUUUUCCAAUCAAGUUACUGCCACUUUUCUUAUACAAUCUGAUGAAAAUGAUUAUAUUGGCUUUAAUGCAACAUACACUGCAUUUAACAGCAAAGUGCUUAAUAAUUAUGAGAAAAUCAACUGUAAUUUUGAAGAUGGUUUUUGUUUCUGGAUCCAGGAUCUAAAUGAUGACAAUGAAUGGGAAAGGAUUCAGGGAAACACCUUUCCUCCCUCUACUGGUCCAAAUUUUGACCACACUUUUGGCAAUGAUUCAGGAUUUUACAUUUCCACCCCAACUGGACCAGGAGGGAGACAAGAAAGAGUAAGACUUUUAAGUCUCCUUUUAGACCCCACUUUGGAACCAGUCUGCCUUAGUUUCUGGUAUUAUAUGUAUGGUGAAAAUGUCUGUAACCUAAGCAUUAAUAUCAGCAGUGACGAAAACAUGGAGAAGACAAUUUUCCAAAAGGAAGGAAAUUAUGGAGAAAAUUGGAACUAUGGACAAGUAACAUUAAAUGAAACAAUGGAAUUUAAGGUUGCUUUUAAUGCAUUUAAAAACCAGUUCCUGAGUGAUAUAGCAUUGGAUGACAUUAGCCUAACAUAUGGGAUUUGCAAUGUGAGUCUUUAUCCAGAACCAACUUUGGUCCCAACUCCUCUGCCAGAACUUCCUACGGACUGUGGAGGACCUUUUGAACUGUGGGAGCCAAAUACAACAUUCAUGUCUAUGAACUUUCCAAACAACUACCCUAAUCAGGCUUUCUGUGUUUGGAAUUUAAAUGCACAAAAGGGAAAAAAUAUUCAGCUUCACUUUCAAGCAUUUGACUUAGAAAAUAUUGCAGAUGUUGUUGAAAUCAGAGAUGGUGAAGGAGAUGAUUCCUUGCUCUUAGCUGUGUACACAGGGCCUGGUCCAGUAAAGGACGUGUUCUCAACCACCAACAGAAUGACUGUGCUUUUUAUCACUAAUGAUGUGAUGGCAAAAGGGGGAUUUAAAGCAAAUUUCACUACUGGCUAUCACUUGGGGAUUCCAGAGCCCUGCAAGGAAGACAAUUUUCAGUGUAAGAAUGGAGAGUGUAUCCCGCUGGUGAAUCUCUGUGACAGUUUUCCACACUGUAAGGAUGGCUCAGAUGAAGCACAUUGUGUGCGUCUCUUCAAUGGCACAACAAACCGUGGUUUGGUGCAGUUCAGAAUCCAGAGCAUAUGGCAUGUAGCUUGUGCUGAGAACUGGACGACCCAGGUUUCACAUGAUGUUUGUCAGCUGCUGGGACUAGGGAGUGGAAACUCAUCCAUGCCAAUCUUUUCUACUGGACAUGGACCGUUUGUUCAACUAAACACAACACCUAAUGGCAGCUUAAUACUAACACCAAGUAAACAGUGCUUAGAAGAUUCACUGAUUCUGUUACAAUGUAACCAUAAAUCAUGUGGAAAAAAACUGGUGGCUCAAGAAGUUAGCCCAAGGAUCGUUGGAGGAAACAAUUCCCAAGAAGGAGCCUGGCCUUGGAUCGUUGCUGUGUAUUAUAACGACCAGCUGCUCUGUGGGGCUUCUCUGGUCAGCAGGGACUGGCUGGUGUCGGCCGCGCACUGCGUGUAUGGGAGAAAUUUAGAGCCAUCUAAGUGGAAAGCAGUCCUAGGUCUGCAUAUGACUUCGAAUCUGACUUCUCCUCAAAUAGAAACUCGGUUGAUAGACCAAAUUGUCAUAAACCCACACUACAAUAAACGGAGAAAGGACAGUGACAUCGCCAUGAUGCAUCUUGAAUCGAAAGUGAAUUACACAGAUUAUAUACAACCUAUUUGUUUACCCGAACAAAAUCAAGUUUUUCCUCCUGGAAGAAUUUGUUCUAUUGCUGGCUGGGGAACACUUGUAUAUCAAGGUCCUCCUGCAGACAUACUGCAAGAAGCUGAUGUUCCCCUUCUAUCAAAUGAGAAAUGCCAACAAGAGAUGCCAGAGUAUAACAUUACAGAAAAUAUGGUGUGUGCAGCCUACGAAGAAGGAGGUGUAGAUUCUUGUCAGGGGGAUUCAGGAGGACCACUCACGUGCCAAGAAAACAACAGAUGGUUCCUGGCUGGUGUGACGUCGUUUGGAUACCAGUGUGCAUUGCCUCAUCGCCCAGGGGUGUACUCCUGGGUCCCGAGGUUCACAGAAUGGAUACAAAGUUUUCUACAUUAG